CUGCCGGCCGGGAGAUCUCAUGCAUCGACCGAGUAUCGCGAUGCUUGAUCAUCCCGACUUACCCGGGAUGUUUGCCGCCGGUGUGUACGACUAUAACGAGGCUCUUGGCGUCACGGUAUUCGGCAACGCAUGUGGUGAGCUUGCAGUGUUCAACUUGAGCGCCUUGCGUAUUGCUCCGCUCGAGGAGUGUUUCGAGGCCCUUCCCAUACCUGACGGCGAUGGAAGGCACGGAUUCGAGGUCAUGUCUGAAACGACGAUUCCUGCCACAUUUGGGCUUCCAUUCCCAUACCUGGGACCCUUGGUUCCACCUCGGGAGUACGCUGAGCUCCUCUUUGCGCAAUGGAGGGCAAGACAUCCCGAUUCAAUACCACGAGGAUGGGAAAGAGACGCAGAUGACGGCACUUCGCGAGCCUUCCCGCUCGACUGGACGAACCUGACCCCUAGGAUCCCUCGCGAUAUCCAUGAUAUCGGUUGGUCUAUCGCACACGCUCACCACUGCAUAGGGCCACUUGUGCCGCUGAUGAAGAUUUAUCGAUAUUCUCUGUACACCGCGGGCGAUCUUCUGCUGCUGUAUGACUUUGAGAUGCAACAGUUGUGGAUAGUCCCACCAGACUUGACGCUCGAGCAGUUUUUGGCGACGUGUCGAGCGAAGGGUAUCUCUCGCGUGCCGAUGAUUCUUCGCAACUGCGACUACGCUGUGGUCGCCUGGGGCAAAGACUCACGCCGAAUGUGGGCAUGGGAGGGUAAGAGACUCGGCCGGAAUCGGUGGCAGGAGCUGCAGGAUCGGGGUGGAGACGUGCACCGCGACUGGCUCGUUCCCUCCUAACUCCACUUAGGCCCUCAGUGGGGACGAUGUGAAGGACUUCGAUCUGCCAGACUUAGAU